AUGGGAUGCUGUGUUAAUAAAGGCGCAGACCAUGGCAUGAGCUUUGACAGAGGGUCAUACUUAGCUGAAGAGCUAUGUAGAGAAGAAAAAAUCAUAAUAGAAAAUGAAAAACAGCUACAGUUUACACAAAUCCAAAGCAAAGAAAUAAUAAGGUCAAUCAAGUCCGAAGGACUUGAUAACACUUUAAGUUUAGCUCAGCUGAAAAGGGCGUUUAUUGAUAUUAAUAUCCCUGAGAGUGCAUUUACAACCCCAGAUGCUCCUUUGAGGAAUCUUUUAGCAAAAGUAACAAAUGAUAAAAAAUUGUAUGAGCAGAGAAAAUUAGUUUUGGUAGGAAUUUUACUAGGAAAAGGCACACCACAAGAAAAAUGUGAGUGACUAUUCAGACAGUAUGAUGACGACGCUUCUAGUAUGAUGGACCAAAACGAAGUAAACCUGAUGCUCAAUGACUUGAUCGACGUAGCUGUAAACGUUCUCCCAAACGUUUCUAAGGGAGAUGGGAUUGGAUUUUUAACAAAAGAUGAGCUCGAUGCAUAUAGAGAUACCUUGUUAAGCGGAAAAGAAAAAUUUAUAGAGGAAAUGAUUAAAUUGAUUAUGACUGAGAGAGAAAUCAUGCACGUUGAAUUGGCAGCAAAAAUGGCUGAUACUUCAAAUAUACUGAAUAAACUUUUAUGGAGUUUUGGGAUUAGGACACUAUUGAAAAAGCAUUCAACUCAUUAG